GUGCCUGAAUAAUGUUGAGCCUAAAACUGGCCAGCCUUAAAAAUAAUUAUAAACUGCUCCAAACUUUUUUUAUAUUUUCAUAAUACAUUUUCUCUUUGACUUUUGUCAGAACAUUCAUUAUCAAUUCAGUAAAAAAAGCAUAUGUUGAUGCAUCAUGCAUUAAAUGGCUAACUUCAUGGGUGGUAGGCUAUAAGUUACAAAAAAAAUAGUGACCAUGAAAAUAAUAUUAUUUGUUAGAGGACUGAUCUUUUAACCAAAUAAGUAAAAUAAUAUUUGGUUAUUUUGUUAAGCAUACAAAAAAUACUGAAAAGCCAUUUUUAUAAAUUAUGACAUUACCCUUUCAGCUGGAUAAAUGGUUACUGUAUACAGAUCUUUUGUUUCAUUUAUAUGUCAUAUAGAGCUCUACCUCCAGUAUUGUUACUUUUAUUUAUUCUUUUUUAACACAAGUAAUCACUUAUUCACAUAAUUACAGCACUUCAUGGGAGAAAAUGGGCCAACUGAUAAAUAUCCAGAUCCCCUGCCAGCUGAUGGAUCAUUGGCAUCUCCUACCAGACCACCACCCAAGCGCAGGCGGUUGGACUUGGAAGCACCUAUAUCAUUUGACAUUUUGGUUGAACAAGAAAAAAACAAAGAAAAUGUACAAACAACUACAGAUGAUGGAAAUCAAAGAAAUUAUGAACUAAGAGGACAAUGUGAAGUUGGCUGCCAAACAGACAAAGGUAUUGGUCAUGACACAUUAAUCAAAUGUCAAUAUGUAACACAUGUAUAUCAUAUUUAUAUGGCCAAGUAUAAUUUAGUGUAA